GCGGAGCGUCCCGGCUGCGACUCUCUCUCUCUCUCUCAGCAGAAGCAAUGAGGAGAAGGGAGCCGUCGCCCCGCUGAUACCAGGACGUCUGGGAUGCUGUAACACCCGUGUGUUGUCUACUGGGAUCAUAUUUGUAUAUUUCUAGGGAAAACAAACAAUACACUGCGGAUUUGGGAUUUCCAUCAAUCGGAUGCAAGCAGAGCCAGGCCCAACUUAACAAUGGGCCCCAUACCCCUGUGUGUGCUGCUCCCGGUCACGGUGCUGGCUGUGGUGGUGGCUGUAGCUGCUGAGGGCAAUGCAGUGGACGACGAGUACACCUGGCCACAUUGGAAGCUGCCUCUGGUAAGAAAAAGACGCACUGUGCCUCUAAGCAGCCCAAACUUUUCAGCCCAUCCUCAGCCGGAGCUGAGCAGGACAUGUGGGAUCGAAUGUCAGCGUCGCCUCCCCGCCACCUCUCUGGACGACCUGGAGCAGUUCCUGUCCUACGAGACGGUUUACGAGAACGGCACACGCACGUAUACCUCUGUCUCCGUGCAGGGCCUCAAUGAGGUGACUGCCUGGUCCAGGAACAUCUCGUCCAGCUCCCGCCACAAGCGUGAGGUGUACGGCACGGAUACCCGCUUCACCAUCUCAGAUAAGCAGUUCUCCACCAAAUAUCCUUUCUCCACCACCGUGAAGAUCUCCACAGGAUGCUCCGGGGUUCUCGUGUCACCUAAACAUGUGCUGACCGCUGCCCACUGCAUCCACGACGGAAAGGAUUAUCUAGAUGGGGUGCAGAAGCUGCGCGUUGGAAUUCUGAAGGAGAAGUCCAGACGUGGGAGAGGAGGCAAAGGGAAAGGAGGGCGAGGAAAGGGCAAAAGGAGAAAGGGGGACAAGGAUAAAGAGGAAGUGCAAGAAAAGGAAGAUAAUGGAGAGAAAGGGGACCGUAAAGGAAAAGGGAAAGGUAGAAAGAGCAGGAGUCGGCGAAGUGCGGAAUCAGGGAAACCUUCAUUUAAGUGGACCGGGGUGAAGAAGACCCAGGUGCCUAAGGGCUGGUUCAAAGGUGUGUCUGACGGACUGACUGCGGAUUAUGACUAUGCUGUUUUGGAGCUGAAGAAAGCGCCAAAGGUCAAGCACAUGGAUCUGGGCGUUAUCCCCUCGGUCAAGAAGCUCCCAGCUGGGAGGAUCCACUUCUCUGGCUUCGAUGAUGACCGCCCUGACAACCUGGUGUACCGGUUCUGCUCUGUCUCUGAGGAGUCCAACGACUUGUUGUACCAGUACUGCGACGCCAAGCCCGGCUCCAGCGGCUCUGGGAUCUACAUCCGCCUCAAAGAGCCUGGCAAGAAGAAGUGGAUGAGAAAGAUCAUUGGGGUUUUCUCCGGUCACCAGUGGGUGGAUGUAAACGGGAACGGGAUGCAGCAGGAUUACAACGUGGCAGUGAGGAUAACACCUCUCAAAUAUGCCCAGAUCUGCAACUGGGUCCACGGGGACUCGAGUGAGUGCCAGGUAGCCUAAGAAAACCACAGGAUCCCCCCCCCCCCUUAAACCAGCACCUCUCUCUACACAAGGGACACCCUACCUACUCUCCUCCCCCGACCCCUCACCACCCACCAGGGGCCCCGGCGACUGCCUCUCCUCUUCCUGCCUUCCUUUUACCUCCUGUGCCUCCCAGGGACUCCUGCUACACUGAUCUACACACACACACACUCACACACACACACACACACACAAACACACACACACGCACACGCACGCAGCCAUACAGACUCAGUGUUGACAUCAACAAGAACUCGUCAGCGCAUCAAGAGAACUGUGGCUCUUCAGCUUUUCUAAUUUAUUUGCUUAAAAAAAACAACCAAGAAAAAAAUAUGUAUUGUAUGUAUUUAAGAUCGUUGAGAUCUGCCGUUUUGCUUUCUAUUUUGGCUCUUUUUUUUUUUUAAAGAUUUGACCAUUUUGGAUACGAUGUUGGAAGAGUGUAUAUUCAAAUGUUUGUGAGCAAAGCCCCUGGUACAUUCGUCUUAAAUUCCAACCAGGCUUUGUAUGGAGAGACUUGCAUUUUCAAGCUUUUCUCCACCACUGUAAAGAUGGCUUUGACAAAAGACCCAGAAGAAAUUUAUGUAACUUUUGUUUUACAAAUUAACUAUAUAGAGCUAUUGGGAUAAUUGGUUUUAUAAACAUUUUUAAUUGAUGGAACUGGUGUUUUGCAUUGUGUAUAUCUAGACAUGUUUUUUACAACUACCUUUUAAUUAAGAAAAGACUGUUUUCUGUCUGAAAAGAGAAAGGGUCCUCAUGAAUCCUCAUGAGUCACGCCAUCUUUUCUCUGUUCUUGCAACGCAGUGAAAUGUGGUUUCAUUGUCGUGCACAUAAUUAUAUCGGUGCUUAUCCAGAAGACGUGGUGCUAAUUUAUGGAAUUGUAAACUUUUUUUGGGGGGGUGGGGGGGACGGGGAGACUUCUCAGAAUAUAUUUUGAUGGCCCAGUACUGUAACGAUGUAUUUCAUGUGAGGCGACAUAUUGGGGUAGUGUUAAGAUGGGGACUGAACCAUUUAAUGAUUUACUUGAGCUGUUGAGAUUUCUCUAAUUCUAAGGGUUAAAUGAGAUUACAGAGGCAAUAUUGUUAUAAAAUAACAAAUCUAAAUCUGGCAUGUGAUAUUUACCUUUCAAGUUGAUGUUUAUGUUCCAAAAAUUCAUGCGAGUAUCCUUUUGAAUACUAAAUACCUGAAAUCAAUGCUGCCGAUUGGAGACUACAACAAUUAAACCAAGAUUACUA